AGUCGAUCGACCACCCGUCUUUUAAGUUAUCGAUUCACAUAUAUUGUCAACCUUUCUGAAAGCUUGUUCUAGCUAGUUAAUCUACUUUGAUCGAACCAUCUGCUCUCAAUGACAGAAUUUGAAGCAGCUUACUUCUCCUCUUCUUCUUCCAACCAUCCAUGGAAAUAUCAUGUCUUUCUGAGUUUCAGAGGGGAGGAUACUCGCAACAACUUCACAGGCCAUUUGUGCAGAGCAUUGCGUCAGAAGGGAAUCACCGCCUUCAUGGAUGAUGAGCUCACAAGAGGAGAAGAAAUAUCAACAGCGCUUCGCCAAGCAAUUGAACAGUCGAGGAUUUCAAUCGUUGUGUUCUCUGAAAACUAUGCAUCCUCCAAGUGGUGCUUGGAUGAACUCGUCAAGAUCCUCGAGUGCAAAGAAUCAAAACAGCAACUGGUUCGACCAGUCUUUUACAAAGUGGAUCCGUCGGAUAUACGAAACCAUAGAGGAAGUUUUGGUGAGGCAUUUGCUAAUCUUGCACGCCCAUUCCAACAUAACUUAAGCAAGGUUCAGAACUGGAAGGCGGCUCUUUCAAAAGCAGCAAACUUGUCUGGAUGGCCUCUUUUAAACGAGCAUUCUGAAUCUAAACUUAUUAAUGACAUCGUGGAAGAGAUCUCAGAGCAAAUUAUAAAGCAUACAUAUUUGAAUGUGGCAAAGUACCCGGUUGGGUUAGAGCCUCGUGUGCAAGAUAUAAAUAAGUUGUUAGGUGGUCAAGGAAAAGAUGUUUGUAUGGUAGGGAUAUGGGGGACUGGUGGAAUAGGUAAGACAACAAUUGCCAAAGCUGUCUAUAAUUCAAUUGCCCAAAAAUUUGAAGGUAGUUGUUUUUUGGAAUGUGUUAGAGAAAACUCAGCAUGCUAUGGAGGCAUAGUCAAACAACAAGAAACCCUUCUUUUUGAGAUUCUAGGGAGAAAAAAAUUGAAGGUGACCAACGCUGCUAUAGGAAUCACUACCAUAAAGGAAAGGUUGCGUUAUAAAAGGGUUCUUCUAGUUCUUGACGAUAUCAAUAACCUGAAUCAGUUGAACAACUUAGCUGGGGGACUUGAUUGGUUUGGUACAGGUAGUCGAAUUAUCAUUACUACGAGGGAUAAAAGAUUGCUGGUUGCUCAUGAUAUUUACUUAAUGUACAAUGUCAAAGAAUUAGAUUAUCAUGAAGCUGUUGAGCUCUUCAGUUGGCAUGCCUUUCAAAGAAAAGGACCUCUGGAGGUUUACGGGGAACUCACAGAACGUGCAGUAGGCUAUGCUCAAGGCCUUCCACUAGCUUUGAGAGUUCUAGGUUCUUAUUUAUAUGGUGGAAAUCUGGUUACAUGGAAAGCUACAUUAGAUGGUUUCAAAAGCCCUGAAAUUCAAGAAAUUCUCAAAGUUAGUUAUGAUGCAUUGGUUGAUUCUGCAAAGGAAGUGUUCCUAGACAUUGCAUGUUUCUUUAAAGGUGGAGAUAGAAAAUAUGUGAUUGAAAUGCUACAAGGUUGUGGCCUCAACGCUUACAAUGGUAUUAAUGUGCUCAUUGAAAUGUCCCUCAUUAAUAUUGAUGAACACGACUGUAUCCAUAUGCAUGACUUGCUCGAAGAAAUGGCUAAAGACAUAGUUCACCAAGAGUCGCCCAAUGAUCCUGGAAAACGUAGCAGGUUGUGGUUUCACGAUGAUGUUUAUCAUGUUCUGACCGAAAAUACAGGAACAGCGAAUACUACAGGCAUCAAGGUGGAGCUGCCCGAAGAAUCAGAUGAGAUUUGCUUAAGUAGUACCACUUUCACGAAGAUGCAAAAUCUUAGAUUGUUCAUACACCGAGCUGGAUGCUUUUCUGGAGUUCUAGAUUAUCUGCCCAAUAGCUUGAGGGUUGUUGAUUGGCCUAACAAUCCCUUCCAAUCUUUACCAUCCAAUUUUAAUCCAUGGAAACUUGCUGUACUCAAGAUGCCUAGGAGUCGCAUCACAGGAUUGGUGGAGGUAUUCAACUCAUUCAAGAAUCUUAAAAAUCUGACAUCUAUAGAUUUAAGAUAUUGUGAACAUCUAACAAAAGUCUCCGACUUAUCCGGAAUCCCAAAUUUACAGAUGUUGGAUCUAUAUUAUUGUACAAGUUUAGUUGAAGUACAUCCUUCUGUCGGAUUUCUUCCCAAACUUACGAGGUUGAAUCUUAAUGGAUGCUCUAGCCUUGCAAUAUUUCCAACAAGAGUUAGCUGGAAGUCCCUGACACAUCUUUGGCUUGCGGAUUGCAGAAGGCUUGAGAAUUUUAUAGAAAUUAUGGACAGAAUGGAUAAUGUUUGGAUAUUGACUCUGUGUCAAAGUGGCAUAAAACGACUGCCUUCAUGGAUUGGAUAUCUCACUUCCUUAAGAAAAUUGGACAUGUCUAGAACUCCCAUUGAAGAAUUGCCUUCAUCCAUUGGAAAUCUCAUUGAGCUUGAUGAAUUAAUAUUAGAUACAUGUGUAAACCUUACAAAAGUGCCGCAGAGUAUUUACCGGUUGCAACAGCUAUCGUAUCUUAAUCUCUCUGGCUGCCCAAAACUUGUUACGUUUCCAAACAGGGAGCGCUCUGAAGUUCCAUCAAUUGAAGAAUCAGAUCCUCUGAUGCGUCAUGACAGCCAUGGUUCAUUACUACUUUUUCCCUGGCUAAGAAACCUACAAUUUCAAGGAUGCAAUUUACUAUCAAUCUCUGAUUUCCUGGCUAGUCUUGAUUGCUUAUUCACCUUGGUGAGACUCAAUCUAUCAGAAAGCAAUCUUGUUAGUGUUCCGGUAUGUAUUAGCAAAUUUGAUGGGUUACAUUGGCUUGAAUUGUAUGGUUGCAAGAGUCUUCGAGAAAUCAUGAUACUCCCAUCAAAUAUAAGAGGGAUAGACGUCGGUGAUUGCAUAUCACUGGAAAACUUUCCAACAUUGACCAGGAUAUUCAAAGUCAAUGACACUCAACUCCCUAAUUCGAUGAACUUGUCUAAUUGCCGUCGGUUACUGCUUGAUAAUACGGGCUUUGACGUCGUGUCAAAGAUGGCAGAUGCAGUAGAACUGAAUGAGGUCGUGUCAAAAAUGGCGUAUGCAUUAGUAUUGAAUCAGGUAUAUAAGAAAUCUGAGUUUGAGGUCAUACUUCCAGGAAGUGAAGUUCCAAGGUGGUUUGAUUGGCGUAAGGUCGAAGUGUGUGUGAUUAUGCGUAUUGGGGAUGAUAUAUGUGAACUUUCGAUUGAAAUCCCUAGGACAUUGAAAUGGAAGAAAACAGGGCUUCUUGUUUGUGCUGUUUUUGAAGCUACGCAAGAUUAUUCUGGUGACUCUGGUUUUGGUCUCCACAUUACAGUCAAUGAAGUAGACAUGAAUGACCGUGAAGAAGACACGAAGGACUCAUCGGAGUGUUUCUUUACAGCAACAGUAGAGGAGCCAUCAACUCACGUGUGGCUGAAAUAUAUUCCAUUAAAUGUUGACAUUAAGAAAGAGGUGGAUAGAAAGAGUGAUCAAUCGGAACCUUAUUUGUGUCGACUUAACUUUUACUAUCUAGACGGUCAAGGGUUUCUCUUUAAAAGCUGUGGUGUCCACCUGGCUAGUGUGUCCGAUGAUGAUGAUGAUGAUGAUGAUGAUGAUGAUGAUUAUGAUUAUGAUUAUGAUUAUGAUGAUUAUGAUGAUGGUGGUGGUGGUGGUGAUGGUGAUGGUGAUGGUGAUGAGGACGAGGACGAUGGUGAUUAUGAUGAUGGUGGUGGUGGUGGUGGUGGUGAUGGUGGUGGUGGUGGUGAUGGUGAUGAGGACGAGGACGAGGACGAUGGUGAUGAAGAUGAUGUGAGUUGUGAAGACUCGGCGGAAAAGAGAUAUAGGAAGAGCAGUGUUAGUAUUUCUGAGUUGGGCUUGAAUUGUUAUUUUGACAAAGCAGAAGCUGCAACUGUAUCAACAGCAUUAGUACUAUCAGGAGGCAUUAGUACCAAGCGAGGCAUUGAGCACUGUAAUAAUCAUGAUGGGGAACUUGGUCCAACAAAAAGAUUUAAAACAAAUCACCGGUGGAGCUGAACCUCUAACACUGGUGGAAGUGCUCUAGAUUAAAUUAUUAAUGAUGGAUAAGUUGAUUUUCAGAAGCCUUUCAUUGCCGAAGUCUUGAAGGAGGCCCUUGAUACGAUCAGGCACUAGUCGUGCUGUCAUGUGAUGGUCAAUUAUUCUCUCCAUCAGCUAAUUCUUGCUUGCUUGUUCUUUCCUAGAACUAGAAGAUAGAUGUUCUGGGUACGUUUGUUGUUCUGCUAUUUGUUUGGUGUGCUUAACAAUUCUUUCCUGCACUUUUGUUAUGAACCACUGCAAUGUGGAUUCUAUUAUUCGAAUGUGGAGAUUAAUUUGGCUUCAUGAAACACCAUUUUAUGAAAAGAAAACAAAACUUGGCUCAUAUUUGUUGAAGGAUGUUGUAUUCUAGUGUGCCUCUUCAAAGUUCAAACUAGGGUUUAGUUUUAGAGUUAUAAUAGGAGAAGGUUCUAGAUUUACUAAUUGUAUUCAGAUUCUAUUACCUUGUAUGAACUCUGUAAAUCCCUAUAUAAAGGGCUCCUAUUAUCAAUAAUAGAAUACACAAUUUCUCUCACAAUUCUCUCGAAUCAUAUUUUCCUACAACACGUUAUCAGUACGAGUCCUAACCUUGAAACAAAUAACCAAAACCCUAAAACAAAUUGAAACCCUCAAACCCUAAUUGCCUCCGCCUCCCAACUAGUAACCCCCGACCCAAGGAGUUCGGAACAGGCAGCAACACAACCAAAACCUGCCGGAAACUUACCGAACCGGCCGCCGGAAGCCCCAAACCAUCCGCUGCAAUCUCUCCACCGGUUCACCACCUUCCAGACACCCAAUUGCCACCCAAUUUUUUCAGCAGCACCGUCUCUGUCUUAGGAUUCAGGAACCGGAAGCGAUACUCCAAGAACGGGUCCAGAAGCCCCUGAACCGGCCAUCACACCAACUGCCGCAAGCUCCUAGCCCUAGCUAGCCAUACCGUGCGCUGCCCCUGCAGUCCCUGCGCACCUGUGUGCAGCCUGCUGCCCCUGCAGCACCUCCACAUGCCCGUUGCAUCCUCCUCCUCGCACCUUUCCUCUCAUUCCUGUACAUAUCAGUCUUCUUGCAUGCCCCGAAACGUCUAGUUUGGGAUCUCUGAUCAAAAUUCUUUCUUCAUCAAAGUUGUUCGCCUCUGUCUCUUCUAUUUGAUCUCCAAAUUUCAGCCCUAUUGGAGUUGUUUUGAGACCUGUACACCAAUCCAAGUGGAAGCUAUUCAGAAGAAAAUCUACUUCGAAUUUCAACAAGAUAUCAAACACAAACAAACUCGAUUUUGUUCCAUUGGAUAAUGCAGGCAAAGGGUAUUUAAACUGGGCCAUUGACAUUGAGAUCCAUCUUAUUGCCCGAGAUUUAUUGCAUACAAUCCAAGAGCUUUUUCCUAGAAGCAGCUCCAGAUCCUCAAACUGAGAAAGAUAAUUCUUGGGCACUUGCCUUCAUGAAACGUCACAUGGAUAGUGGCCUCCAGUUUGAGUUCAAAAAUGAGGAUAGCGCCAUAAAGCUUUGGCAAGCGCUUCGUGAACAUUAUGGCAAUGUUCGUAAUUCCAUCCUUCCGAUUAUGGAAGCAGAAUGGAAUGAUCUUUGCUUCUCUGAAUUUGACACGGUCAUGCAAUUUUAUUUGGAAGCUCUUCACAUUAGAUCAAUGAUGCAUCUCUGUGGAAAGACAAUCACAGAAGACCAAUUGAUUGAGAAAACCCCCAAUACCUUCCCUGUCUAUGCUAUGAGGUCCUCAGAAUUAUUCCGGACUUAUGUAAAUGCAAGACGGAUCACAAGUUUUCAACAGCUUAUUGAAGCUAUGAACAGAGAAAUUGAUAGGCCUCAAGAUGGUCAUCAAGAGCAUCAUCCCAUGGCUAGAGAAAGUCGCCAUCGACGUCAUGAUACAUACGAUCAAAAUUCUUGAGAAGGUAAUCGCCCAAGGCGACAAUCACGCGACCGUAGGAGCCAUGAUUUUGAGGGAAGAAGGGUUGGACCCCAUGGAGCCAACGUUGGCCAUGGUCAUCACUUUCCAACGCCACCGGUCCUAGGGGCCAUGCAAAUUGCGCCAAUGAACCUCAAUCAAGGCAGAAUCCUCUUUAUGUGUCUAUUUCUUAUGUGGAACGUCUGAUCAAUGGACCCGAAUUUGCAAUGUACCUAAGAAGGUAGCCGCAUCAUGGUGAUCAAGACAUCAAGUUCAAAAAGACUUUAAAUAUGGCGAUGAAGACAAAA